AUGGCAACAUCACUUGCUGAAGCUCAACAAGAUAUGUCUUUAUAUGGUCUAUCAACUUUUCUUGCAUUUGGUACAAUUGGAAAUGUUUUAUUGAUUUGUAUUCUUGUUCAACGUACACAUCGAAGAAAUUCCUGUUCACUCUAUUUACUUUCAGCUACAAUUGUUAAUUUGAUUCUUAUUGAAUGCAUCUUACCAGUAGCUGUUUAUUCGGCAAAAAGUGUUGAUCCACAAAAUGUUUCAUUGACUUGGUGUAAAAUUCGUAGUUAUUUAUUUAAUGCUUUACUUAUGCUUUAUCGUUGGUAUAAAAUGGCUGCUGGUAUUGAUCGUGCAGCUAUGUGUAGUCGCCAUGCAUGGAUACGUUCAUUUAGUCAACCUCGUAUUGCUUUGCGAACCAUUUUAAUUAUAACAACUAUUUGGCUUAUCAUACCUAUUCAUUUAGGUGUCUUUUUUCGGAUUGAAUCAGGUCAUUGUGUACCUCAAUCCGGUAAUUAUGCAAAGUUUUUUAGUGUAUAUUCAAUUUUAAUUUCUGGAUGGUCACCACCAACAGUUAUGGCAAUAUUUGGUGUUAUUGCCUAUCGAAAUUUGAAAAAAAUAAGAACACGAAUUCGUCCAACUCAUAUUGGCGAUAAUCAACCGGCUGCCAUUACAGGAACAAUAAAUCAGCAACGUGUCGGUAGACGAGAUCAACAAUUAAUAAUAUUACUUAUGUGUGAAGUUCUUCUUUAUAUUAGCACUAAUUUACUUUAUUCAAUUAAUAUAACUUAUCAAGCAAUAACAUCAAAUGAUCAAAAAACUUCUGAUCGUCUUCGUAUUGAAUCAUUUAUUUCAUAUUUUUCAACACCAUUUCUUAUUAUAAUUAAUAAUUGUGCACCAUUUUAUCUUUAUUUAUGUGUUUCAAGUAAAUUUAGACAAGAUGUAAAAGAUUUAUUCCUCUCCUGUUAUCAUUGUCGUCGUCAUGUUACAAUCGUACAACACGAUUUACGUACAAAAACCCAUGCUAUUACAAUACAACCAAUAGUUUCACAUUGA